UGAAAAAGUGUUGUAACUCUAAUCCAAUCGUGUAGUUGAGAUUUAUUCUUAUUUUUCAUGUAAGGAGCAGUGUCAUGUAAUCUUACCCCUAUAUACAUAUACAUAUACUUUUUUUUUUUUACUUAGGAGUGAGUAAAAGAAGGGGUAAAUCGAAGCAUAAAUUAGUAGCAACUGAAACUGAUAAGUGAUAUCAUGAUAAAAUUAGAAUAUUACUAUAAUUGUUCCAUUUGAAAUAAUGGAAAGCCACAUAACAGGAAGUCAAUCCCCCCAUUUAUAGUGAGACCCAAAGUGUUGAUGACAAAUGUCAUUCAAAACUAAGAUUAAACUUAAAGAUUAAUCUUGGAGCACAUUACUCACAGUCACACUCUCACCACAUUGUUUGUUACAAAAUAUGAGAAAUUUUCUCUCAACCACUUAUUGUCAAACAGAAAUCCAUUCUUAUACCACCUCACUCAUUCUUAAGCACAUUAACUCAUCUUGUUCAAUUCACUGAUUACUUUACAUACUUUCUUACUCACUUUUCUCUCUUCAUUAACAAUUCUUUUUUUGUUUUAAUGUCUCUUUUGUUCUUCAUCGAGUAAUAUUUUGUCACAAGAUCCAAUACUGAAUCCAAUCCAAAAGUCAUGGAUAACUUACAAGAUAUCAAGAACGAGAAUGUCGACCUUGAGAGCAUUCCUGUUGAAGAAGUGUUCGAGCAGCUUAAAUGUUCAAGAGAAGGACUGUCAGAAGAGGAAGGAAAACGCAGGCUUGUACUAUUUGGAUAUAACAAACUAGAAGAGAAGAAGGAAAGUAAGUUUCUUAAGUUCUUGGGGUUCAUGUGGAAUCCUCUAUCAUGGGUUAUGGAAUUUGCUGCAGUCAUGGCUAUUGCGUUGGCUAAUGGAGGAGGCAGGCCCCCAGAUUGGCAAGAUUUUGUUGGAAUCAUUAUAUUGCUUUUCAUCAACUCCACAAUCAGUUUCAUCGAAGAAAACAAUGCUGGGAAUGCUGCAGCAGCUCUUAUGGCAGGACUUGCUCCUAAGACCAAGGUCCUUAGAGACAGGAAAUGGGGUGAACAAGAAGCUGAAAUUCUGGUACCAGGAGACAUAAUCAGCAUCAAACUAGGAGAUAUUGUUCCGGCUGAUGCUCGUCUAUUAGAAGGAGAUCCACUGAAGAUCGAUCAGUCUGCUCUGACAGGUGAAUCUUUGCCUGUAAACAAGAGUCCAGGUGAUGAAGUAUUCUCAGGAUCAACCUGCAAGCAAGGCGAGAUCGAAGCUAUUGUUAUAGCCACUGGAGUUCACACCUUCUUUGGCAAAGCUGCACACCUUGUUGACAGCACUAACCAAGUUGGUCACUUCCAAAAGGUUUUGACAGCCAUUGGAAACUUCUGCAUAGUAUCCAUUGUCCUCGGUAUAUUGAUUGAGGUAAUAGUGAUGUAUGCGAUCCAGGACAGGAAGUAUAGAGAUGGAAUUGACAAUCUGUUGGUGUUACUCAUUGGUGGUAUUCCGAUUGCUAUGCCAACGGUGUUGUCAGUGACAAUGGCAAUUGGAUCUCACCGUUUGUCUCAGCAGGGUGCAAUUACUAAGAGAAUGACAGCCAUUGAGGAAAUGGCUGGCAUGGAUGUACUUUGUAGUGAUAAGACAGGAACUCUCACACUUAACAAACUUACAGUGGACAAGAACAUGAUUGAGAUAUUCGCCCCUGAUAUAGACAAGGAUACUGCACUCGUGCUGGCAGCUAGAGCUUCUCGUGUUGAAAACCAAGAUGCUAUAGAUACCUGCAUUGUAGGCAUGUUGGCUGAUCCAAGGGAAGCAAGAGCAGGGAUUACAGAGGUGCAUUUCCUCCCGUUCAAUCCAGUAGAAAAGCGUACAGCAAUAACUUAUAUUGACACAGAGGGGGAUUGGCAUAGGGUUAGCAAGGGUGCUCCGGAGCAGAUAAUUGAUCUUUGCAACCUUGGUCAUGAUGCAAAGAGCAAAGCCCAUGCCAUUAUUGAUAAGUUUGCUGAUCGAGGUCUUCGAUCCCUUGGUGUUGCUAGACAGGCAGUUCCUGAGAAGAGUAAGGAUAGCCCAGGAGGACCAUGGAAGUUUGUUGCCUUAUUGCCUCUUUUUGAUCCUCCAAGGCACGAUAGUGCUGAGACUAUAAGGCGUGCACUAGGUCUCGGAGUCAAUGUGAAGAUGAUUACUGGUGACCAAUUGGCCAUUGGUAAGGAGACAGGUCGUAGACUUGGCAUGGGAACUAACAUGUACCCUUCAUCUUCCUUACUUGGUCAGCACAAAGACGAGAGCAUAGCCAGCAUUCCUGUUGAAGAGCUCAUUGAGAAGGCAGAUGGUUUUGCUGGUGUCUUCCCUGAACACAAGUAUGAGAUUGUAAAGAAAUUGCAAGAAAGGAAGCACAUUUGUGGUAUGACAGGAGAUGGAGUGAACGAUGCUCCAGCCUUGAAGAGGGCAGACAUUGGUAUAGCGGUUGAUGAUGCAACCGAUGCAGCCAGAAGUGCAUCUGACAUUGUGCUCACUGAGCCAGGGCUAAGUGUGAUUAUUAGUGCUGUCUUGACUAGCCGAGCCAUUUUCCAAAGAAUGAAAAAUUACACCAUCUAUGCAGUUUCCAUAACCAUUCGUAUUGUAUUGGGUUUCUUGCUGAUCGCUCUCAUUUGGAAGUUUGAUUUCGCUCCCUUCAUGGUUCUCAUCAUUGCUGUACUUAAUGAUGGCACCAUUAUGACCAUCUCUAAGGAUAGAGUCAAGCCUUCUCCUACACCGGACUCUUGGAAACUCAAGGAGAUUUUUGCCACCGGGGUUGUCCUUGGCAGCUAUCUUGCUCUCAUGACUGUCCUAUUCUUCUGGGCUGUUAAUGAUACCGACUUCUUUUCUAACACAUUUCAUGUGAGAUCAAUCAGGGGUAAUGAGCAGGAGCUAAUGGCUGCCUUGUACCUCCAAGUGAGUAUAGUAAGUCAGGCCCUAAUAUUUGUAACGCGCUCAAGAAGCUUUUCCUUCAUUGAACGCCCUGGUCUCAUGCUUGUUGGAGCCUUUUUCUUAGCGCAACUGAUUGCCACACUUAUUGCUGUCUAUGCGAGCUGGGGGUUUGCACGUGUUAAAGGCAUUGGAUGGGGAUGGGCUGGUGUAAUCUGGCUUUUCAGUAUCAUCACUUACUUCCCCUUAGAUGUCUUAAAGUAUAUAAUUAGGUAUGCCUUGACCGGUAAGGCAUGGGAUAAUCUGCUUGAAAGGAAGACUGCAUUUACAAGCAAGAAGGAUUACGGAAAGGGUGAAAGAGAAGCACAAUGGGCUGCUGCUCAACGUACACUCCAUGGCCUGCAGGCCCCAGAUAAUAGUUCAGACUUGCUCGCUGACAAGAACAGCUAUCGCGAGUUGUCUGAAAUUGCUGAGCAGGCUAAGAGACGCGCUGAGAUUGCUAGGUUAAGGGAACUUCACACACUCAAAGGACAUGUCGAAUCCGUUGUGAAGCUCAAGAAUCUUGACAUCGACACUAUCCAACAGCACUACACAGUCUAAGAAACAAAAUGAUCAUAUAAAGUUAUGAGGAUGAGUAUCUACUCCGUUACUCUAGCAUCUCAAAAUGGACACGGUAGAAGAAAUAAGAAAAAAAUAUGGAAAGGCUAGCUAUACUGGCGUCCUUGUGCCUUCGCGGCUCAUAUGGAUCAAAAACAAAAAAAAUUGGUGUCCUUGUGUUCCUUUUUCUUACAUAAGUUUGCAAGAGGAUAACUUUUUUGAUGCAAACUCCAUCGGCAAUAAACCCAGCCACAGAGAUUUCGCUCGGAGAACAUCCAUGGCUCUUAGAGAAGAUAAGACUAGUACAAUCCCAUGAAAAUAACCCAAAAAGUUCAAAUAAUGUUUUAAGAUUAGUACUAUUUUCAGUCUUAUUUAAUUUUUGGAAAAUUGUCCCAAUACUCUCUCAAAUCUCAAUGAAAGAUGACUCAAUUUUGUCUUUCAA